AAGCUAAGACCAAGUAAAGUGCUGCCUGCCCACUGAAACAUCCCAUCUUGCUUAUACUGCGAGUCUUCCCAAGCACUCCUCCUGGAUCAUCGGUGAGAGCGAGGGAUUUGGUGCUGAGUUGGGUGUUAUCAUUGAAAGCCCUGUUUUGGAUAGCGAUAUGGGCACUUCCAUCCUUGAUGGGCGCCAACCCGGCGAGCUAAGCAUAAGGCUGAUGGCCCAGGACGCCAUCGCCCUCAUCAAGCAUCUUGGUUAUGAAGACAUCGAUAUCCUAGGAUGGUCCAUGGGAGGCGCAGUUGCACAGCAACUUUUGAUCAUCCUCGCGUCUGCCGAGGAUCCAGAAAGCUCCGGGGAAAAUGAUAGAGCUGCAGCUCCCUUUAGGGUUCAUCAUGCUCUUUUGACGGCUACUUUUGCAAAAGUUCCCCAUGCGGAGCCAGUAUUUGAGAAGUGGUGCACGGAUUUCGUCAGCACGUACUUCCCACUGCUAUUGGCGAGAGACGAGCCCGAGGAAGGGAAGGGAGAAGCAAAGAUGAGUGAUGAGCAGAAAAGAGACAUAAUGAAAUGCGCCGUGGAGACCUUUUUUGAUCCCGAAUUUCUCAAGACUGAGAAGGGGAGGACGGUAUUCGAUGCCCAUAUGCAUGCCAUUGCCUACAAGCGGCCCAUUGCCCAGAUUGUUCGCCAAGUCCUUGCGGUCCAUAGCCUCGACCUCAGGCCUGGACUUCACCUCAUCAAACCUUCCACAAAAGUCCUUAUUAUUCACGGAACAAAGGAUGAGAUCGUCGCACCAUGGCAUGAGGGGAAAGACUUGGCAGACCAUAUCAAACAUGCACAAUGGCUGCCUAUCGAUCCUGAUGGGAAGAUAGAAGGGCGCGUUCCGUCAGAAGAGUUUGGACACGCUUGGUGGCACUAUUUUGAGAUAGAGGUUUGGGUCAGGGUUGUGCAGACGUUUACGAAAGACGGCAAGAAGUAAGAAACCUCACAGGCGAUCACGCUGUAAGGGGCAUUUCUCGUAUCAGUCACGCUCUUGGACUAGGUGUAACAAUUCUCAUAAGUGAAUUCAGGCCAAUAGGCCGCAACGACGCUGAAUUCAAUGAGAACUCCAAAUGAGCGGA